AUGAGGAGAGAGUAUGGCGUAAACAUAAGUUACGAUAAGGCGUUCCGUACAAGGGAAAUCGCUUAUGCUCUCGCCAAGGGUACUCUAGAAGAGUCUUACGCUGUUCUACAUGCAUAUGGUGAAGAGUUAAAGAUGGAGAAUCUAGGUACAAGGUUUGAAAUCGAACUUGAAAAUGAUGUCCAUUUCAAGUAUAUGUUUAUGGCAUUAGGACCUUGUAUUAGAGAUUUUUCAAGUUGUCGGCCGGUGAUAAUUGUUGAUGGAUCGCAUCUGAAAGGAAAAUACAAAGGAACCAUGUUGGUCGGUGUCUCCAUGGAUGGCAACAACCAAGUUUACCACCUAGCAUAUGCUAUAGUGGACAAUGAAACUGAUCGAGCUUGGAAAUGGUUUAUGUCAAACUUGAAGUAUGCCAUUGGAGAACCCCCUAACUUGGUAUUUGUGUUCGAUCGAGAAGUAUCUAUUGGCAAUGCCAUUCAUGCAGUUUUUCCCACAACAUUUCAUGGAUUAUGCACCUACCACUUAGAAAAUAAUAUUCUUUCGAACUUUAAGGACAACACGAUUGUUGGGAUGUUCAAGGAUGCAGCCAGGGCAUCUCGCAUGUCAGAGUUCCAAGCACACUGGGACCAACUACGUACUCUUCGAAAUGGUGUAGUAUCGAGAUAUUUGAAGGAUAUUGGUCUUGAAAGGUGGGCACAUGUUUACCAAACAGAACGAAGAUACAAUAACAUGACGUCCAAUAGUGUAGAAUGUUUCAAUUCAUUGACCAAAGAAUAUCGACAGCUGCCCAUAAUGUGCUUGUUGGAACACGUUCUAGGCCUCAUCUAG